CCAUUUGAGGGGUUGGACGCGCUUCCGGAAGCUGUCAGCUGUGAGCACCCAACAUCCACUGCAAUGAGUUUUGAGUGGCCGUGGCAGUACAAUUUCCCACCGUUUUUUACGCUACAGCCCAAUGUGGACACAAGACAGAAGCAGCUGGCGGCGUGGUGCUCGCUGGCUCUGUCCUACUGCCGGCAUCACAAGCUCUAUACCCUGGAUGUCAUGGAGGCUCAGGAAAGCCCCAUGUUCAACAACAAGAAGAUAGAACGAAAACUGUCAAUGGAAGCAAUUCAAGUUGUGUUUGAGGAACUGAGGAAAAAAGGCAACCUCGAAUGGUUGGACAAAAACAAGUCUCGGUGUUUAGUCAUGUGGAGACGACCUGAGGAAUGGGGCAAAUUAAUAUAUCAGUGGGUUUCCAAAAAUGGCAUGGUCAACUCUGUGUUCACACUUUAUGAGCUGUCCAACGGUGAUGACACAGAAGGUGAAGAGUUCCACGGUCUGGAGGAGUGGAUGCUGCUGCGCUCGCUGCAGGCUUUACAGACAGAAGGCAAAGCAGAGAUCAUCACCAUGGACGACGGAAAAGGUGUCAAAUUCUUCUGAGACGGUGCUGGAAUCAGGCACUCUCUGCCCGGGAGCCCUCAUACUGUACUUUACAGACACAUUUUUAUUACCAUUUAGCCAUUUAAGGCUACAUAAGGUGCACCUCAAUGCCCAGCCCAGUGGAUGCAGGUCCUCUGAUUGUUGUUGCCUUUUGGUUCAAAGCCUUCUCUUACUGGAAGAGAACCAUUAUCAUUUCUAAGUGUUUG